AACAGUUGGGAGAGUGGGGAGGCGUUCUCACGACGCGCUCGGAACCGAGUCUACUUGGAAGUUCCCGAGAGAGAAUCCAAGUUCCCUUUGGAGCAUUUUCUGGAACCUCAGUCAGUUUGCCGCGGACCGUCCACUCUCUCGCCCUGCGGAGUACCAGGAGCCAUGACUUCCGGCGGGCUGGGGGGCCAGACCAGGGCUUCUGCGGCCAGGUGGGGCUGUCUUCUCUGGCUGCUCCUGGGCUGCUGGGGCCGCGUGCAUGGCCACUGGACACCGGUGGAGGACAUCUGCACGGCCAAGCCACGGGACCUCCCGGUGGACCCCAUGUGCAUCUACCGCUCCCCGGACAAGAAAGGGUUGGAGGAGGACAGCCAGCAAAAGCGGCUCCCCGAGGCCACCAACCGGCGCGUGUGGGAACUGUCCCGGGCCAAUUCCCGCUUUGCCACCACCUUCUACCAGCACCUGGCCGACUCCAAAAACGACAACGACAACAUUUUCCUGUCACCCCUAAGCAUCUCUACGGCAUUUGCCAUGACCAAGCUGGGAGCCUGCGACAACACGCUCAAACAGCUGAUGGAGGUGUUCAAGUUUGACACCAUCUCAGAGAAGACCUCGGACCAGAUCCACUUCUUCUUCGCCAAACUCAAUUGCCGCCUAUAUCGCAAAGCCAACAAGUCCUCAGAGCUGGUGGCGGCCAACCGGCUCUUCGGGGAAAAGUCCCUGGCCUUCAACGAGACCUACCAGGACAUCAGUGAGGUCGUGUACGGGGCCAAGCUCCAGCCACUGGACUUCAAGGAAAACGCCAAGCAGGCCAGGGUGAUCAUUAAUGACUGGAUCUCCAACAAGACGGAGGGGCGGAUCACGGACGUCAUCCCGCCAGACGGCGUCAGCGAUCUCACGGUGCUGGUGCUGGUCAACACCAUUUACUUUAAGGGCCUGUGGAAAUCCCGGUUCAGCGCCGAGAACACGCGGCGGGAGCUCUUCCACCGGGCGGACGGGCAGACCUGCAGCGUGUCCAUGAUGUACCAGGAGGGCAAGUUCCGCUACCGGCGCGUGGCCGAGGGCACACAGGUGCUGGAGCUGCCCUUCAAGGGCGACGACAUCACCAUGGUGCUCGUCCUGCCCAAGCCCGAGAAGAGCCUGGCCAGGGUGGAGCGGGAGCUCAGCCCCGAGCUGCUGCAGGAGUGGCUGGAUGCCGUGGACGAGACGCUGCUCACCGUGCACCUGCCCCGCUUCCGCAUCGAGGACAGCUUCAGUGUCAAGGAGCAGCUGCAGGACAUGGGGCUGGUAGACCUCUUCAGCCCCGACAGCUCCAGGCUCCCUGGAAUUGUCUCCGGCGGCCGCACUGACCUCUACGUGUCCGACGCGUACCACAAGGCGUUUCUCGAGGUGAACGAGGAAGGCAGCGAAGCCGCCGCCAGCACGGUCAUCACUAUCGCCGGCCGCUCGCUGAACCCCAACCGGGUGACCUUCAAGGCCAACAGGCCCUUCCUUGUGCUCAUCAGGGAAGUGGCUCUCAACACCAUCGUCUUCAUGGGCAGGGUCGCCAACCCCUGCGUGGACUGAUGUGUUCUCUGUUGCCUCCUCCAAUGUCAUGUGUGAACAGAAGUCAAAAUAAACUCAGGCGCGCCCGCCUUCGUACGAAAGGACCGGGUCACCGGCCGGGAGGACGCGGGAAAGAGAAUUCUUAGACGCUCUUGGGCAUUUGGUAAAAUGAUGCUUUCA